UCGCGAUUCGUCAUUCGUCAUUUCAUCUCCCAUUCCCAUUUCUAACCCCCAAUCAUCAACAACUGUAGAAUAUUCUCUCCCAACAACGUCAAGUCCCAAGACUGAAAGCGUAUUUGAUAGAUAUCGCCACUCACUGGAAACUAGCAGCUCUUAUCGCGUAAAUUCCCAUCAAAUCAUAUCGAGAAUUGCUUUCCAAGUUAAGGGGUAUGGCACCGCCCGCCGAGAUCACCAUCCCGACAACAUCGCAACACCCACCUUCCGACAAUUCGAAGCCGUAUACGCUCUACAACAUCACAUUACGCCUCCCCCUCCGAACCUUCGUCGUGCAGAAGCGGUACUCAGACUUCGCUACGCUACACCAGACGCUCACCUCCCUAGUCGGCGCUCCACCGCCCGCCCCCUUACCAGGGAAAUCAUGGUUUAAAUCGACCGUCUCGUCGCCGGAGCUAACCGAAGAACGGCGGCGCGGUCUAGAAGCCUACCUGAGAGCCAUCGCAGAGUCCCCCGACCGACGAUGGCGCGACACGCCGGCGUGGCGCACCUUCCUCAACCUGCCGAGCAUGAGCAGCACGGGCAACAGCGCGGCGAGCAUAAGGGCGGGGUACGGCGUGCCGAACCGGGACGCGGCGAACGCCGCGGCGGCGCAGGACCCGGGAACGUGGCUGGACCUGCACGGCGAGAUGAAGCGCGACUUCCAGGAAGCGCGGCGGUGUCUGGCGAAGCGGGACAGCGCGACGGACAACUCGGCCGCGCUGGAGGCCGGGUCCGCGGCCAAGAAGGCGCUGGUCAAGGCCGGCAGCUUGCUGACGGUGCUCGGCGACGGGCUGCGGGCGAUGCAGGACGCGAAGCGGCUGGGCGAGGGCGAGAUUAGGCGUCGCAAGGACCUGCUCGCCGCCGCCCGGGUCGAGAGGGAGGACCUGGAGAAGCUGAGCACGACGGUGUCGGCGGCCGCGAAGGCGUCGCAGAAAGUUAUGCCGUCGGCGGCGGACAAGGCGGCGCUGGUUGGGAACGGGCCGAAGGCGGGGAGGAGAGUGCUAGGCGCUCCGCUUGCGGAGACUGAGCGCACGCGCGAAUUGGAUAAUCAGGGGGUGGUGCAGUUGCAACGGCAGAUGAUGAAGGAGCAGGAUCAGGACGUGGAGGAGCUUACGAAGAUUAUUCGGAGGCAGCGCGAGAUGGCCGAGGCAAUCAACCGCGAGGUCGAGGAGCAGACCGAGAUGCUGGACCAUGUGAACAACCAGACGGAUAUCCUGAGCAGCAAGGUCAAUGUCGCGAAGAAUCGCACCAAGAAAAUCUCGUGACUCGACCUUGUCACCGGGCUGGUCGUGCAAAGCCUCGUACUCUGCGUCGAGAUCAUUAUCGGGGUCACCUGGUUGGGACAGGGCAUGUUCGAGUGGACGGUUUGGUGCAUCGAAUCUUUGCUCCAGCUGACGCAGAUCGACUGAGCCUUGGAACUCGUUUGAAUAUCAUCAUAUAGCAUUUGCGUUAUCGGCCUGUUUGGGCCCGUUUGGAAUAAUGAGGAACAACAGAACCAUGGCAUGACAUGACAUGAGUGUACGGUUACUUUUUGUCAAAUCCGCGUUUGGGCGGUUUAUGCACGGGACUAGCAUGGUUUGGUUUGGUGGAGAACAUUUGUACUAUUGUAAACUGUUAUCGGUUAUGGCAUAAGAUACCAUUAGAAUCAAGAGAUUGUAUACUUGUAAAUUCGUAUGGGAAAAGGACCUGAUAUGUUAGACUUCAUGUGAUUUAGUCACUUGGGGUAAUGGUCGUAUUGGCAACCUUAAGAAUCAUAUGGUAGUGAACCACUUGGGUUUCUUAA